GUGGGCGAACAAGGUCCUUCCAGUAUGGUGUGCUGUGUUCAUUAAAAAAUGGAGAGAGAGAGAGAGAGAGAGAGUUUGAGCUCAGGAGGGGAGGGACCUCAAGGAGAACUGAGAGACAGAGGCACACAGCCUGCCAGCCUGAGUCUCAACAGAAGCUGCAGCCGCUGAAGGAGCGACACUCUCCCUACAGGUCAGCACCUCCUGGAUGAAGAUGCCACAGGUUAAAGACAACAAGAAGAUGGCAGAGGACAUUUCCAAUGCGUAUGAGAUAAAGGAGAAGCUGGGCGAGGGAUCUUUUUCUGAAGUGUUUCUGGCCCAGGAGAGGCACUCUCAGAGGUCAGUGGCUGUGAAGUGCAUCAACAAAAACGUGCUGAAGGGCAAGGAAGCUAUGCUGGAGAAUGAAAUUGCAGUCCUACGCAAAAUUAAACACAAGAAUAUUGUUGCCCUAGAAGACAUCUAUGAGACCCCAUCUCAGCUGUAUCUGGUCAUGACAUUGGUGACAGGCGGAGAGCUGCUGGACAGAAUCCUUGAGAAAGGUGUUUACACGGAGAAGGAUGCUAGUCAAGUGAUUCAUCAAGUGCUGGAUGCCGUGAACUACCUGCAUGAACUUGGCAUUGUACACAGAGAUCUCAAGCCUGAAAACCUGCUCUAUGAUACACCCUUUGAGGAUGCCAAAAUUGUCAUUGGAGAUUUUGGUCUUUCGAAAAUGCUGGAUCAGGGUGUGCUGUCAACAGCUUGUGGAACACCUGCCUAUGUUGCUCCGGAGUUGCUGGAACAGAUGACUUAUGGAAAUGAAGUGGACUGCUGGGCUGUGGGGGUCAUCUCCUAUAUUCUGCUCUGUGGCUAUCCCCCCUUCUAUGAUGAAAAUGACACAAAAUUGUACAAGCAAAUUGUGAAAGUAGAAUACGAGUUUGACUCCCCAUAUUGGGAUGAUAUUUCUGAAUCAGCCAAAGAUUUUAUCAGGCACUUACUGCAGAAGGAUCCUGCCAUGCGUUACACCUGCCAGCAGGCUCUCCAACAUCCAUGGAUAUCGGGGGGCACUGCCCUAGAGAAGAAUAUCCAUGAGUCUGUGAGUGUGCAGAUUCAGAAAAAUUUUGCCAAGAACCAGUGGAAGCGUGCCUUUAAUGCUACUGUAAUUGUGCGUCACCUGAGCAAGAAGACACAAUCGAACUCAGAUGCAAGCGAGGAGCUAUCUACAGACGGAGCUGAAGCAAUGAAGAGUUGUUAACAAGUCAUCUGGGAGUCCUGGUUGUUUGUGAUGAUCAUGCGACCACAGGUCAUCCAUAUUCUUUUAUUUCCCCUUAUCUGCACUGCAACAUACCAGGAGAAGUGUCCUCAUUUUU